AGGCUCAGAGGGUGUCAGAACUGGAUCGGCAGCGCCAACAAGGCCAUGGCUGCCGAGUGCGGCUGCACCGAAGUGGACCCACAGAGCGGGUGGACAGAGUCGCGGUGGGAGGAUGUGGGGCAAGGCAAAGGCGCCUACGAGAAGGUCACCAGCGUGAGGUACGUGGGGGCCGGCAAAGGCAGCCUCAACAAGGAGAGGGAACCUGGUGACAGAGAAGCCGAUGAUCGGGUUCGCCUGCUGCUUCAUCUUCCUCCUCCCGCUGGUCGCCGGUCUUUGCUGGUACUUCGUUUGGAGCGCUGCCCCGGUGGGGCAGAGCGACAUUGGGCGCCCCGUGCCCCUGGUAGUGCCGGAUUGUGUCACCGGCUACAGCGAUUGGAAGAACCAGUGGUCUGACGAGGUCCGGAGCUAUUGCUGCCAGCACUACCACCGGGCCUGUGCCCCACACAUCGAGUACAAGCCCAAGGUGGUGGUGCAUGACGUGCGGGUGCCGGUGCAGGUGCCCCUGGACCAGCCGGUGCCGGUGCCGGUCACCUACCACAAGACGGUCUACGUGAAGGCGCCGCCGCCCUACCAGUGCGCCCUCUCGGAGCACCUGGACGUGGAGAAGUGGAGCGCCCAGCACCAGCGCUACUGCUGCUACGAGAAAGGCAUCACGUGCAAGCCGGUGAUCGUGAACAAAGACGUGUACCACACGGUGCACAAGGUGAAGAAUGUCUACGUGCCCCACUACAUCCCAGCACCUGCGCCGCACACCAAGGUCACCUACAAGGAGAUCCCUUACCCGGUGCCGGACAGCCCCAAGGUGAUUCCGAUGCCGGUGCCGGGGCACACCAUUGUCAAGCACACCUUCCAGGUGAAGCCCAAGUUCAUCAAGGUCCCGGUGCCUGGGAAGACGGAGAUCAUCCGCAAGCCAGUCCCGGUGCCGGUGCCAUCCAAACCCAUCUACCAAUACUUCCAUGAGCAUCACGAGCAUCACGACCACCAUGAGCACGACACGGACUAUGAUUGCGACGCGGGGUACAAGAAUUGGUACUUCGGCUGGUCAGGCGUGAAGAAGGCUUUCUGCUGCGACCACUUCAACAAGGGCUGCCCAGGCUCCUGGCACGGGGAGUUCCACCUGCACACCCACGUGGAGGAGGGCAUGGGCCAUGCCACAGGGAAGAUCUACGACUGCGAGGCGGGCUUCUUCAACUGGCAGCAGGGCUGGUCGGACUCCAAGAAGAACUGGUGCUGCGACCACACGCAGAAGGGCUGCGAGAAGUUCCACUGCUCCGGCGCGUCGCGCGCCUGGGGCGCCGCGCGCCAGGACUGGUGCUGCAGCCACUACCAGGCGGGCUGCCCGCAGACCACCUUGUCCCCCCUGGGCUGCGAUGCAGUCUGCACCUACAAGGGCGAGAGCAGCUCCUGCAAGGACCGCAUCUCCUGGACCACGGACCACGUCUUCUCCGGCCACGGCAAUGCUUGCGCGCUGGCCUACAGCCGGAUCCAGGUGGAGUGCGACGUGUGCCGUGCCUGCUCCGUGGAGGCGGCCGGGUGCCAGGUGCAUGCGGCGGCCUCGGAGCCCUUCGACUGCCAGGCGGCCUUCAACAACUUCGUGCGGGCCUGGUCGCCGCAGAAGAAGGUGUGGUGCUGCAACGUGAAGAAGAUGGGCUGCGAGGGCGCCAACGCUCCCACCGUGGAUGCGGGCUUCGGCAUGGUAUGGAAGCACGUGCAGGUGAACGGCGCAUGGGUGUGGAUGGCGGUGAAGGGCGACGGGGUGGCGAGCCUGCCCUACGACUGCCACGCCGGGCUGGCGCAUCACUUCACCGGGUGGUCCGCGGGCAAGAAGUCCUGGUGCUGCACGAACCAGCAUCUUGGCUGUGGUGCCGGCGGUGCCGGUGCCGGCGGUGCCGGUGGUGGCGGCGCCAGCGGCGGCGGCAGCUGGGGCGGCGGCGCCAGUGGCGGCGGCAGCUGGGGCGGCGGCGCCAGUGGCGGCAGCAGCUCGAUGCCCCCGGGCAUCGCCAACGCGGGGAUGAUGUGGCAGCACACCAACUCUGGAGGACACUGGCAUUGGGUCCAGGUGCACAGCUCGGGGCACCUGGACUUUGACUGCGUCGCGGGGUACCAGAACUGGCAUGACGGCUGGCACUGGUGUUGCAGUCACUUCGGGAAGGCUUGCCAGUGAGGUGCAGUUUUUUCUUUAAUUCGGAAGGAAUUCAGGACUCCUUGCCAAAGUGCAGCACGCUUUGAAGCGCUUGCUGUUGGAGGAGGCCGCGUAGUCCUGGCGCAGAAAAUGCCGCACAAAGGCGCAGAG